UUCUUCAUCCCAGACUCUAUUCUCAACAUCAACAUCCCUACACGACCAACAUCAGACACCGACACAACUACCUCCCCAUCGAACGACUGUCCAAUUCUCACUCUCCCAUACGAGCUCCUCACGGAGAUUUUUCACCACGUCAAGAUCCCACACUUCCAAGUUUGCCUAGCGCUGACGUGCAAGAGGAUGGGACAGGUCGCGCGCGUGAAAGGCGUCAUGGCACCGUGGCGAGGGUACCGAGAUAAAGACGGGCUCUUCAGACUACUGGAGCGAAAGUCAUGGAUCCCACGAUCACUGCGCUUGUGCCGGGCGUGCUUCGUCUUCAUGCCAAAAGACCCGAACUACUGGGGCGACAGAAUCGCGUUGGAGAUGGAAUACGACAAAAGUGACACGAAUUGGCUCGACAUUUUCAAUUUCCUCCACGAAGACUGUUUUGGGGCCCAUAGCUGUCCACAGUGCACAGUCAAGGGCUACAAGAGUAUUUUUAGUGAGACGGCUUACAAGUCGCACAUGCAGAAGGCCAUCGGGCCUUAUCCUGAGGAGUGGGGGGAUAACUGCCCUGAUGUUUGUCGGAGAAUCGAUCAACCAUGA